AUGCGAGUCACCGAGACUACACCUCUCUUGGGUGAACCAUCGUCCUCGCACCCCGAUCACACCCACGCCAACAACCCGGGCAAAUCCAACUACAUUCUUUGCCCCCAUGCCCCUAGUCACCACUUCCACAUCAACUUCAUCGUUCCUCGAAGUGCCACGAAUGUUGACCAAGACUCAUCCGAUGGACGCUUGUCGGUCAUCCCAGAGGAGGAUGAAGAGUGGGUCAGCGCGAACGAGGAAGCCGACGACUCGGUCCGGGGGCUGAGUAUGGGAACAGACAGCUCGGAUGAGGAAUUGCACACCUCUCAAGAACGGGCUGUGUACCUGCAGCCGGUCAUGGUACCAAUUGUCGUCCACCAAGGAGACGAGCAAAUCCUCGAAGAGGAGGAUACGUGGGAAGUGGGAUGCGUCUCGCGGUUUUGCUGGCCACUCAUGUGUCUAUUCCGGAAACUCGACACCGCCCCGGACGAACAAGACGGUCCCCGUCCGCCGGCCCCACUAUCGGAGACCGAUUCGGACGCUGAAUUCGCAGACGACGAACGUUCAAGCACCGGAUCUUCCUCUGCCCCGAGCACUUUGACACCGCACAUGGCACUCUUGAUGCCUGCGGUGAGAGUAUACGGGCAGUCGUCGGUGUGGUCCCAAGUGCUGGUUUCGUCAGUUUAG